CUUGCCUGACCCCGCGGGUGACAAGAGCCGGUUCUUUCCGGGCUGGUGGGAGCGCGCGGCCCUGAGCCCCGCCCCAGGCCGGCAGGCGGAGAAGGAGCCGGUGGGGGUAGGGGGGGUGGGGGUCCUCCGGCGCUUGGGGGUCCCAGUCCCCGCCGGCUGCCGAGCGGGAGGGGUGGCGGAGGAGCCGCAGAGAUGUCCGGCCAGAGCUUGACGGACCGAAUCACCGCCGCCCAACACAGUGUCACCGGCUCGGCCGUGUCCAAGACAGUAUGCAAGGCCACGACCCACGAGAUCAUGGGGCCCAAGAAAAAGCACCUGGACUACUUAAUUCAGUGCACAAAUGAGAUGAAUGUGAACAUCCCGCAGUUGGCAGACAGUUUAUUUGAAAGAACUACUAACAGUAGUUGGGUGGUGGUCUUCAAAUCUCUCAUUACAACUCAUCAUUUGAUGGUGUAUGGAAAUGAGCGUUUUAUUCAGUAUUUGGCUUCAAGAAACACGUUGUUUAACUUAAGCAAUUUUUUGGAUAAAAGUGGAUUGCAAGGAUAUGAUAUGUCUACCUUUAUUAGGCGGUAUAGUAGAUAUCUAAAUGAAAAAGCAGUUUCAUACAGACAAGUUGCAUUUGAUUUCACAAAAGUGAAAAGAGGGGCUGAUGGAGUUAUGAGAACAAUGAACACAGAAAAACUCCUAAAAACUGUACCAAUUAUUCAAAAUCAAAUGGAUGCCCUUCUUGAUUUUAAUGUUAAUAGCAAUGAACUUACAAAUGGGGUAAUAAAUGCUGCCUUCAUGCUCCUGUUCAAAGAUGCCAUUAGACUGUUUGCAGCAUACAAUGAAGGAAUUAUUAACCUGUUGGAAAAAUAUUUCGAUAUGAAAAAGAACCAGUGCAAAGAAGGUCUUGACAUCUAUAAGAAGUUCCUGACUAGGAUGACAAGAAUCUCAGAGUUUCUCAAAGUUGCAGAGCAAGUUGGAAUUGACAGAGGUGAUAUACCAGACCUUUCACAGGCCCCCAGCAGUCUUCUUGAUGCUUUGGAGCAACAUUUAGCUUCCUUGGAAGGAAAGAAAAUCAAAGAUUCUACAGCUGCAAGCAGGGCGACAACACUUUCCAAUGCAGUCUCUUCCCUGGCAAGCACUGGCCUGUCUCUUACCAAAGUGGAUGAAAGGGAAAAGCAGGCAGCAUUAGAGGAAGAACAGGCUCGUUUAAAAGCUUUAAAGGAACAGCGCCUAAAAGAACUUGCAAAGAAACCUCAUACCUCUUUAACAACUGCAGCCUCUCCUGUGUCCACCUCAGCAGGGGGUAUAAUGACUGCACCAGCCAUUGACAUAUUUUCUACCCCUAGUUCUUCUAACAGCACAUCAAAGCUACCAAAUGAUCUGCUUGAUUUGCAACAGCCAACUUUUCACCCAUCUGUACUUCCUAUGUCAGCUGCUUCUCAGGUAGCAAGUACAUGGGGAGAUCCUUUCUCUGCUACUGUAGAUGCUGUUGAUGAUGCCAUUCCAAGCUUAAAUCCUUUCCUCACAAAAAGUAGUGGUGAUGUUCACCCUCCCAUUUCUUCAGAUGUAUCCACUUUUACUACUAGGACACCUACUCAUGAAAUGUUUGUUGAUUCUUUUUGUGGUACUCAAGCUUAUCGUAAUACUACCCUUAUGUGCCAUGAACCUUCUACUGUAGCUGGUUUAUUUGGAGGAUUCACUCCUUCUCCAGUUUCACAGCCACAUCCUUCAGCUGGCCUUAAUGUUGACUUUGAAUCUGUGUUUGGAAGUAAAUCUACCAACAUUAUUGUAGAUUCUGGGGGCUUUGAUGAACUAGGUGGACUUCUCAAACCAACAGUGGCCUCUCAGAACCAGAGUCUUCCUGUUGCCAAACUCCCACCUAACAAGUUAGUAUCUGAUGACUUGGAUUCAUCCUUAGCCAACCUUGUUGGCAAUCUUGGCAUUGGAAAUGGAACCACUAAGAAUGAUGUAAAUUGGAGUCAGCCAGGUGAAAAGAAGCUAACUGGAGGAUCUAACUGGCAACCAAAGGUUGCACCAACAACUGCUUGGAAUGCUGCAACAAUGAAUGGCAUGCAUUUUCCACAAUACGCACCCCCUGUAAUGGCCUAUCCUGCUACUACACCAACAGGCAUGAUAGGAUAUGGAAUCCCUCCUCAAAUGGGAAGUGUACCUGUAAUGACACAACCAACCUUAAUAUACAGCCAGCCUGUCAUGAGACCACCAAACCCUUUUGGCCCUGUAUCAGGAGCACAGCUGUCGGCAGCAUCCAGCCCCUCCAGUCACAGUCCUCACAGAGCUUCAGGAAAGGACCCUUUUGCAGAGCUCUCUUUGGAGGAUUUCUUAUAAAUCACUUUAGAUACAGUUUAUGUAACUAGAUGGAAGAGAAUGGAAUUAUUCCAAAAAGACAAGUGCUCAAGCAGCAAAUACUUACUUCCAGCAAAAUCCAAACUGCUGUCUCUUAAACUCUCAUUAGAAUGCUACAGUAACCCAAUGAAGGCCCAUGAAGGAAAUUGGGACUAGUCUAUACGAGAACGUAUCAAUACAGUUUAUAAAGCCAAGAAUUACCAUGAAUUCAGACUGUCUUUUUGGUGACUAAUUCUUCAGUUCUUUCAUCUCCUAUUAAUACCCAUAAUCAGUAACCUACCAAGAAAAGCCCUUAUUUGGAAAGAGUGAAAAUUUGUAUUUGGAAAAGCUGCCUGGAGAGAAGAGCUGUGUCCUUUACUGUAAUGCAACAGGACUCUUUUGGGGGGGAUCAAAUCAUAAUUCUUAAUUAUGCAGUAUCUUUCUUUUCUCCAGUCCUCACAGAUACAGAAACAGUAACUAAAAUUAACUUUUCUUUUUUAAAAAUUAUAUAUUCAGUUUGCAGUAGACAUUCCUUAAGUAUUUGUAUUUAUUUAUGAUUAUCAAUUUACAUAACAUUAAUAUUGUAUCAAACCUCCUUAUGAAAAUGAGUAUGGAUGUACACAGUAUGUUUGAUUUUUAUCCAUAAGAAUGAAUCUGAUUCAGAAUGCUUUUCGGCUGACAUACAGAGCACUAAAUAUUUUAAGGCAAGUCCAUAGGUCCGAAUCGCUUAAGAAUUCUCAGUUUCUAUGGGAUUUAGGGAAGCAUUAUAAAUGCAUUAAUCCUUAUAGUCAAUUCUGUGCCUAGGAUUUUGCAAGGGAACAGUUCACAGAACUGGGAAAAGCACUACAUUUUAAAUUCAGCAUUAGUGCAUUGGGAAGGAACUUUACUGCUUUGUGCUUGGCAUGUCAUUAUUUUCGAUUUGACAUUAGGGCCUUUCCAAAAUGAAUGUGAGGAAUUGCUUUCACUUCAAGACUUUCCUUCUUUUCAGUAAAACUCUAGGAGGUGUUAUGGGGGGGGAGGGGAGGGGACAAAAUCCUUGAACCUUUUAUUUGGCUCAUGCCAUGUUAUGAUCAUGUACCUUUUAAAUAAGGGGAAAUAGUAUCUUUAAAGUUAAUGUCUAGCCAAGAGUUUAGUUAACGAAGAAUUAAGCUGCACUGUUGAUCGGUGCUUUGUGUAAAUACAUCUUAACAUUUGGGUUGAGAGGGGCCUUAAGAAGGACAGUUUGUUGUAGGAAAGCAAUUCUGUACAUGAGUUAAGCAUACUUGUUGCAUUGUCUCUGCAGAUUCUAUUUUUGUUUACAAUAUUAAAAUGUAUGUUAGCAAAAAUGGGUGGAUUUUCAAAUAAAAUGCAGCUUCCACAAAACUUUUGUUAUGGUAUUCUGGUCUGAGGCACAUUUACUUUUUUCCUCUUUUCUUUAUCAUUGGUAUUAUUAUUUUUUGCUAAUAAAAGUAUACCCAAGUGAUUAUAUUUGAUGAUUUAAUAAAAUGUAAAAUUUAUUUCUCUUUUAACUUAACUUCCAAAAAGCUUGAUCUUGGUACUUUUUGUUACCUUCUAGACACUGAUAAACUGAACUGCUUAUUAAAACUGUUCAUUUUUGUCUUUUGAUCAGAUGCCUUCGGUCAGGUAAGUUUAAGGGAGAAAAUGCUUUGAAUUUGACAUAUUGAUGCAUGUGAUUAUGUCUGCCAAAGAAACCUCUGACUGUAUCGUGUUUCAUGUUGAAUAGUAAGUAGGACUCAGAGUACAUGAUAGAGGGACUAAAAGCUUUGCAUUGAUAAAUGUCUGCAUACUAUUUGCCAUGGUUGGAAAAAAUAGUCUUUAACCAAUAUACUUUGUUAAUUUUACCACUUUUUAAGUUUCACUAUUAUUAAACCAUUUUCAUACAGACUGGAAAA